AUGGCGGACAGGGAGGCCCCACCUGGGUCCGGAAUCGGGGCGAAGCGGAGAUGCAGGGACGCCGGCGCCGCGGCGGGCCUACCCGACCCGGCCGCAGCCGCUGGCGGCGGCAACAGGCUCCUGGCCGGGUACCUCGCGCACGAAUUCCUUGCGCGUGGCACGGUCCUGGGUGAAAGGCGCGCGCCCGGCGGGCAAGACACGGGCUCGGAGGCGAGUCAGGGCCGGGGGCAGGCCGCGCGGUACGAGGCCGUGGCAGCGCUGGUGCAGGUCGGCGGCGCCUACGUUCCCGGGGUGGUGAACCCCGCGCAGCUCGCCGCGCCGCGGGGAAGGCGCACAUGUGUGUAA